AAACGGGUUAACAGUUUUCGUAUGUGUUAUAAUUUUUUGGAACAGUUAUCAACAGGAUGUAUCUAAGGGCAUUGGUGCUAGCGUUGUUGUUUGGAUUUGCAGCCACAUCACGUUAUCCCAAGGGCUUCCAAUACUCCGAGAAGCCAAAUGAAGAGGCGCGCGAUUCACCGAAAAUUCUGCUAUUUACUUCUUACAAACAACAAGAUCCCUUAACAACUGACGUGGAAUACAAAACACCGCUCCGAAUGACUGAAGAUGAUAAUGACGACAAAGUAUAUUUAAAAAAUAUGGACAGACUAAUGAAGACCAAGAGAGACGGUAUUUCGCCUGAAAGCAGGAAACAUUACGACUUUGACAUACGGAAUUACUUUAAAAUCCACGAUAUAACUAAAAAGAGGAUGUUGGCUGCGAAAAAUGUAAUUUUAAAUAUGAAACUUAUUGAAAUGGCUAAUGGUAUACAUUAGAAUAUUUGUUUGCGUGUAACUCCUCUAGUUUUAUUAUUUACUAGCGACCCGCCCCAGCUUCGCAUGGGUGCAAUGAUGAUAUAUUAUGCCUGUAUUAUACAUAUAAACCUUCCUUUUGAAUCACUCUAUCUAUUAAAAAAACCGCAUCAAAAUCCGUUGCGUAGUUUUAAAGAUUUAAGCAUACAAAGGGAUAUAGGGACAGAGAAAGCGAUUUUGUUUUAUACUACGUAGUGAUUUAUAACUUCAAGAUGAAGAGUCCCUCUGUUACUCGAAACUAGUAGAGCUUUUCUCCAUUAAUUUACGUGAGUAAACCGUGAUUUUUAUUUACUACUCGUAUAUAACAAGCGAAUAAGGUU